AUGUCUCUUUGAUGUUCACUGACCUUGACCCGACAUGUCUCCACGCUCCCCGCUCAGUCCUCAUGGUCAAUGGUGUCCUGUCUGUGAUUCAGGGUACGACCACUGGAAGGGCCAGGUGAUGACGGCUGGCGAGCUGCAGACUCUGUAUGAAGGUCUCCGCCUGAACGACGUCACUCGCUAUGACUACGUGCUGACAGGCUACACGCGGGACACGUCGUUCCUGGAGAAGGUGAUGGAGAUCAUUCAGGAGCUGCGGAGACAGAAUCCCAAGCUGGUUUACGUUUGUGAUCCAGUGAUGGGUGACAAGAGGAAUGGGGACGGGUAUAUGUAUGUUCCAGAAAUCCUGCUUCCGGUCUACAAGGAGAAAGUGGUCCCUCUUGCCGACAUCAUCACUCCCAACCAGUACGAGGCAGAGAUCCUGGCCGGGCGGAAGAUGAACACGGAGAAGGAAGCCAUUGAGGUGAUGGAUGUUCUUCACGAGAUGGGUCCUGACACUGUGGUUAUCACCAGCUCUGACCUGCCGUCGCGGUUGGGCGGCAACUACUUGGUGACUCUGGGCAGCCAGAGGAAAGUUAUCCAUUGCGGGAGUUCCGUUUCAGUGGAGCGUGAAGCUCAGAACCAGAUCGCUCUAGAGAUCAUCCACAUCGCCUGCGAGAAGACGGUCUCCGCCCUCCAGCACAUCGUGACGCGGACCAUCGCCAACGCCAAGGCGUUGGCUGGCCCUGGCAAGAGUCCCAGUCCUGCCCAGUUGGAGCUGCGGGUGAUCCAGAGCAAGCAGCAGAUCGAGAACCCGGAGAUAAUCAUCAACGCCACCAUCAUCUAGCCCGUCGCCAGACCCUGCCGU